GCACAUUCUGUUGUAGUGCCACGAAUGAUUAUCUCUGUGCGCCUCUCACCUUCACUCGCUCUUUCUCCACUUCUCUUCUCACUUCUCACUUCUCUCUAUUGUCUUUGUCAGCAGUCGGCCGCAUCACCCACACAACUACUCCUCCCUCGGCAGUUGGCACACCCAGCUACGGCCUCCCUCUAUUUUUGUCGACGACUGCAGAGGAUCACUAGCAAGAAUUUCAGCAAUUGGGGGUACUCCUUCAAGCUCCAACAGGCAACAGCGUUCUAUUCUGUGUGAAAUUUGUUUUACUGAGAAACUGGAGGGGAAGUAGGCAGCAUGGUGAAUCAGUACGGCAUCAAAUUUUCCGUCCACCUCAUCACCUCCCACUUCGGCAAUCUUGUCGCUAAAGUUUGUGAAAAUCUUCUAAGAAGAGGUCCCUUAACUCUCCAAUCUUUAAUUCGUUCCACAGAGCUCACUCCUCUGCAAGUUAAGAACUCCCUCCUCAUUCUCAUUCAACACAACUGCGUUCAAGCUUUCUCCAUCGAACAAAUAGGCGCUGGUGGAAAUGAAGUAAAAGUAACCCAGUACUUAGCUGUGUUUAGUAACAUACUUCAUCGCUUGAGGUUUCCCAAAUUCUUGGCAAUAGUAUCCCAAGAGCUUGAUAAAGAUUGUGAGGAAAUUUUUGAGGGUUUGAUUCAGCACGGGAGGCUAACACUUGACCAAAUAUGUGAUAGAGCUGGAUCAGACAAAAGUGGAGGAGGAGAUUCUACUGUUCGGGCUGCUGUGCGAGAAAACUUUAAUAAACUUCUAAAUGCCCGUUUUAUUGAACGAUGCCCGGCUCCUGAACCAUUUCUUGAACCACCAACUGAAACGAAGAGUUCAAAUAAAAGAGGUGCUAAGUCAGCUAAGUUGGAUGGAGCUCCAGAGACUGAAGAGCAACGCAUUAUAGCAGCAGCAGCACCAAUAGAAGUUCUUCGAUUUUCAAAUCUGGCAACUUCUGGAACUGAUUUUGAUGCAGAUGAAGACGUUUUUGGUUCCUCAGUUGGGGAGAAGAGGAAACAUGGUUCAUUGGAGUUGAAUGAAGAACAUGGCUCAAAGGACAAGGAAGUAAUUCUUUGGCGAGUAAAUUUUGAGGAAUUUAUCCGAUGUCUGCGGCAUAAGGCUUGCAUUGAGAAUGUGAGAGCACGACUGGAUGACGGAGCUGCGAUAGUUUUAAAAGCAAUGUUAGAUGCAACUAGGAGUAUUGAGAAGAAAGUGAGAACUGAAAAUUCAGUUCCCCUCUCGAUGAAUACCAUUUUUGAAGAGGUGAUGAAAAGUGAAAUAGGUCGUAGUUUUACUCUUGAUCGUGUCAGAGCUUCUCUUGUACAGCUUGGUUGCUCACCCUCAGAUGAGACAUAUAGCAUUGACUUGAAGAAAAUAAUUGAGUUGGCGCAGAAUGAAGAGGUUGAAUCCAUUGUAUUGAAAAGAUAUGGGAGAGAUGCUUACAGAAUGUUCAGAUUGCUAUCGAAGUCUGGUCAUCUACUCGAGACAGACAAGAUUGCAGAUAUGACUUUUGUCGAAAAGAAGGAGACACCCAAGAUUCUUAAUAAGCUUUGGCAGGAUGAGUACUUGCAUAUGGAGAAAUUAGUUGUAACAGCUACCAGACAAGUAUCAUUCUUGUUAUGGAAAGUGAAUAAGCCUAUUCUCUGGGAUCAUGUUCUAGACGAGAUGUAUCAUGCGGCCUUGAAUUUGAACCUAAGAUUGAUUUAUGAGCAAGAACAGAAAGAGUUAUUUUCUCUCCAGUCAGCUACACGUACAGGGUCGACCGAAAAAGACCGGCUGAGAAAUGCAAAGAUAUAUCUGCAGUCAUCACUAAUAAAACUUGACGAUGCUCUCAUGCUUUUCCAUGACUUCUGAACGCAAAGUCUCGUUCCAAUCGCCUUUUCCAUAAUUGGGCUGGAAUUCCUCAGCUGGAAUAUUAUAGGUGCCAUGAAUGGGUUUUGUUUGUCUUCUGGUUUGAAAUGGCGCAAUAUCUGGUUCAAGUGCCAAAGAAGAAGAUAUGCUCUGUUUUUGUUAUAAGAAAACUACAACGAGCGGCAAUGAAAGGAAAGGAAACGUAGUCAAAAUUUUAAGUGAUUUUUCAUCAACCUGUUAUCGCUUUUGAACCUAAACCAACUGCUGCUAUAUUAUUAUUACUAGUUUAUGUUUUUAUUUUUCUAAGAAAAUAUUAUUAGUUUAUGUUAUUUAUUUAUAUUUUUUAACCAAGUCAUUUAAUUCGUUUUUUU